CGCGCGCAGCCGCCGGUUCCGCCUCCUCCGCCACCUCCCCCCGGCCGCCGCCAUGUUGGAUGGUGCGUGUGGGUGUCAAACGCAGCCAGAGACGGCCGAGCACCGGGACACCUCCGUCCCCUCCCCCCGCGGCCCCUUCCCCGCUCCUCCUGCACCCUCUCCGCGCAGCGUCAGUAUUUACCUGCGGUGCCUUUGGUGCUACGGAUUGGCUGUGGGUAGUCACUGUGCUGCAUUAUAUUAAACAUUAUUGACGGGAGGUGUAUGGAAACAAGAAUUGUCACAGACUACCCACAAUGGAAGUUUUCUAUUUUAAAGCCAUAAGGCUUGUUGAUGGUGUUUGGUCUCAGUUUUAUUUGGCCAAGGGGUCAUGAUUUUCAUGUUCUCGUGUCCUUCUCUUGAUGAGAGGAAAUGAUUGUAGUGGAACGUGUUACAAAUACACCACUGAUACGGAGCCUUUGCAGUUCAGAAACAUUCUCAGAAGAGCAAAUAUAGCCCAUUUUUUCUGUUUGUUCUGGAAUCUGUCCUGUUAAAAAGGGAAGUAAAAAUGACGACUUCGUCAAUUAGACGGCAGAUGAAGAACAUUGUGAACAAUUACUCAGAGGCCGAAAUAAAAGUUCGGGAAGCGACCUCUAAUGACCCCUGGGGUCCUUCCAGUUCAUUAAUGACUGAAAUAGCAGAUCUGACUUACAACGUUGUGGCCUUUUCUGAAAUUAUGAGCAUGAUCUGGAAACGACUGAAUGAUCAUGGCAAGAACUGGCGACACGUGUACAAGGCCCUUACUCUGUUAGAUUACUUGAUUAAAACCGGUUCUGAGAGGGUGGCACAGCAGUGUAAAGAGAAUAUUUUCGCUAUCCAGACAUUGAAAGAUUUUCAGUAUAUCGAUCGAGAUGGUAAAGACCAGGGCAUCAAUGUGAGGGAGAAAUCUAAGCAACUAGUGUCUCUUCUGAAGGAUGAUGAGCGACUCAAGACAGAGAGGGCCCAAGCCCUGAAGACCAAAGAACGCAUGGCUCAGGUGGCCACUGGAGUGGGUAGCAAUCAGAUCACCUUUGGACGAGGCUCCAGUCAGCCAAACCUAUCCACCAGCUACUCGGAGCAAGAAUAUGGGAAGUCUGGAGGAUCCCCAGCAUCUUACCAUGGCUCUACAUCCCCUCGAGUGUCCUCAGAGCUCGAGCAGGCCCGGCCUCAGACAAGUGGAGAAGAGGAGCUCCAGCUGCAGCUCGCGCUGGCAAUGAGCCGGGAGGUGGCGGAGCAGGAGGAGCGCCUCAGACGCGGAGAUGAUCUGAGAUUACAGAUGGCUCUGGAGGAGAGUCGCAGAGACACAAUUAAAAUUCCCAAAAAGAAGGAGCAUACCACUUUGUUGGACCUAAUGGAUGCCCUGCCCUCGUCGGCACCAGCCCCGCAGAAAACGGAGCCUUGGGGACCUCCUGCUGCUGCAAACCAAACUGAUCCCUGGGGAGGAUCCACAGUUGCAGCUACUGCCUCUGACCCGUGGCAAUCAUUUGGUGCCAAACCAGCUGCUUCUGUUGACCCUUGGGCAGCACCAGCAGGAUCCACAGCUCAGUCUAUGUCCAAAAAUGACCCUUGGGCUCCUGCUCAGACAUCUUCUACUGCAGCAAAGUCUUCUGUGGAUCCUUGGGGACCAGCACCUGCAAACAAACCUCUUUCUGCUUCUGGAAGUACAUCUUUUGACCUCUUCAGUAAUUUGAAUGGUACAGUUAAAGAUGAUUUUUCUGAAUUUGACACACUUCGAACUUCUAAAAAACCAGCUGAAUCAGGUUCCACUUUGCCAUCUCAGCAUAGCGGUACCACAAGUCCUGAUCUCUUUGAUUCCCAACACUCAAGCAUGACAUCAGGCAAACAAAGUGCAUCUCGGAAAACCCCUGAGUCUUUUUUGGGCCCCAAUGCUGCUCUGGUGAACCUGGAUUCGCUGGUGUCCAAGCCACCACAGCCCGUUACUUCGCUGAAUCCAUUCUUGGCACCAGGCGCUGCUACAGCACCAACUCCAAUCAACCCCUUCCAAGUGAAUCAGCCUCAGCCGCUCACUCUAAAUCAGAUGAGAGCGAGUCCUGUCAUGGGAACCAGCCCUUCUUUCAGUGCUGUGCCACCGAUAAACAUGGAGCCAAUACCUCUGUCUUCCAUGGCCCCAGUGCCUGUGGGAAUGGCCCCCAUCCCAGCUAUGGGCACUGUGGCAUCCAUCACAAGGAUGGGCCAGGGGCUGAACAUGAGCAUUGCAGGAUCAAUGACCCAACCUCUUCACAGUACGGGAAUCCCACCGUCAGCGUCCCAGUCUACAACUAACCCUUUUCUCCUAUAAAGACCCCAAUUAAAGGAACUUUUCUUUUCAUAGUGUUUCCAGGCUGAAGUCUUUACAGCAAAACGAACGUGGCCUGUGUGGACUGAACGGUGUGUGAGAGACUUGGAAGUAGAUUUGCAGUUUACAGUUACGAUCUUUGAAGAGUUGUCUCGACUUAACCAGUUAAUUAAAUCUAGUCUUUGCUACAGAUGGUACCUUACUUUGGCUUGUUGAGCAUUAUGUGAAAUGUUCAGACUUUUCACCAAAGUUAGAUUCUGCCCAUUUUGUUACUUUGUUAAUCAUUUCAAUACACUUUCUAGGGAGAACCUGCCAUUUUAAACUCCGUUGGCUAUUUUGUAGAUGUCAGAUGACGUGCUGGAUCCUGAAAUUACUAUUUACCUGCCAUCUGUCACUUCCUAUGCCCAUACGAUAGACCUGAGAUUCAGAGUGCUAGUGAAUGUUUUGCACAUAACUCUACACAGUUCUAGACUGUUGGUUCACCCAUAGUCCUUACUCUUAGCAGAGAACGAUUCAGAGGGCCCAGGUGGCUGGUUUUUAUGCAUUAAGGCAUUGCAAGGCAAAACCGCACUGCUGUCCUGUCAGAGGUUUGAGUGAGAAAGCGACAGACUUGUCUCAAAAGGAAAAACAAAAACACAGACAGAAAACCCAAGAACAUUCUCGAGUUGUCAAGUAUAACGUGUGCUGUUGUAUGCGGUGUUGAAUUUGUACACUACUCUCUAAGGACUCCUGAGGAACUCUCUGUGAGUGGCAUGCUGCACUCGUGCUGAGUGAGUGUCCUGCUCUGUGCUUGUCCAGUACCAGCUUCGUUUGGAAGUUAUCAUGUUGCAUUUUGUUUUAAUUUGACUUAAAAUGGGAGUUGAAAGAAAGAAAAACAAAACAAAAGAGGAAACGAAACACAGCGGGACAACUUUUGAAUUCAGUUUCACCGGGGCAAGCUUUAAAACUAAUUCAGGCUUAACCUUGCUAUAUGCAGUUACUCUUGUAUACUUUUGCACAUAUUUUGUUUAGUACAGUUUCAUAUUUGAGUUUGCAGAGUUACCUAAUAGUCCUUUUUUUGCUAAUUUUUAUAAUGUGGUUCUUAUUUAACUGUCUGGUUUUGAUAGAUUUAUCAAGUCUGGCUGAAAAAUUAAGAUAUUGGCAAAUGUCAUUUUUAUGGUUUUAAUGCCCUCUUAUUUAUGGUUUUAGCUCUUUGUUUCUGUAAAGAGAGUUUAAAAGGGAAGAUUAACACUAAAAUAUUUACUUUUAAAUGAAGUAUUCGUAAUGCAAAUCAAAGCAAAUCCUCGUGACUAAUUAUUUUUAGAUGAAUUGAAUUUGAGCGUAACAUGAUUUAAGACUGCAUUAAAAAGAGACAAAACACUAAAGUCGCCUUUCCCUUGAUUUGUUCCCGUUUCCCCAUGCCCAAAGGGACAGGUUGUGUUUUAGCCUUUGUGAAGAUUGGAAGAGAGGCGGGUUGUUUGUUUGUUUUAUUUUCCUUGUACUACUUCUUGCGCUGUUACAGAUUCUAAUGUACAAACACGACGCAUUAAUUGUAUAUGGACUAAUUUUUGUUCCUUAAUGAAAGGUGCACUGCGCAUUAAUAACUGGUUCCCUUUCCGACUAUUAAUCGUCAGCUGAACUUCAGCCGUUGGAACUUGCAUGCCUGGACUCCUCGGCACUGGAGCCCGCGCGGGUGGCAGCCGGGCGUUCUGGUGCAAGCUUGGCCUUCUCAAAGAUGGCAACGUUUCCCAGGCUCUGCUCUCGCCGGCCACGCAAAGGGCGCGCGGAAAAGGGGUGGCCCAGUGCUCGCCGUGGCCGUGAGGGCGUCUCUGGAAACGAACUGAUGCAUCUUGGUGACCUUUCCCUAGUUAGAAAGGAGGGAGGGGAAAAAAACUCAAACCAAAACAAAGAAGCUGAAAGAAAUGGCUGGAGUUGUGUGUUGCGGGACUGUGCUGAUGGAGGCUCGUGUGCCGCAGGAAGGAGGGGCUGGCUGGCCUGGGAAGGUUCUAUCUCCUGGUGGGUAGGGGAGGCUGAAAGACUAUCAAAUCUAGGGUACAAUCACAGAUUUUAGCUGUGUAGGUCAGUGUAGCUCUCUUAGUAUACGGAAUGCUAAAUGUGUGGAUGUGUCUAUGCAGAUUGUUGUAUCCUCUUGAAUGCUAUUCGGUUUGCAAGUAGGAUUCAGAAUAUUCAUCUGCUCUUGUUUUUAUAUAGGAGGAAAGAGAAUUGCUGUCCACACCCAGUAUGUCUUUAAAAAGAAACAGAACAAAAAAACAUUCAUGUUGCCUUUCAGAGUAAGGAAAAAUACUUUACUUUGUUGUUGUUGUUAUUGAAGUUAUUGAAAAGUGUAGACCAGGAAGGGUGUGAUUCUUGCAGAUGGGGGGGGAAGUGCUUUCCAAUUGAUCUGUGGCAAGAUUUAGCCAUCAUUAUUUUUCCAGUUUAAUUUUAUCAACAGUGGAACUGAGGUCACUCAGUGUUGUGGGUUUUUUUUUCCUGUCAGUCAGUCACCUGAAUGCAUUUGCAACAGUUUAGAUGGGACAUUGUUUCUUCAGCCAAAAAGUUCUAACCGCAUCCUCUCCUUGAACACUACGUCACUAGUUUUGGAGGUGAGAUGGGGUUGGUAGGAAGUAUUUAAAGUGAUAAAGUCACCUCUAGUCCAGUGUCAUGAUCUGUCACCAUGAAUUGAUGAAAAUGUGGUGUUGGUCUAGUAGGGAGCCCUAGCUUAAUGAAACUGCUGAAUGGCAAAUGGUUGCUUUUACCGAGCCGCUCCUGGCAGAGCUGUAGUGCUUUUACGGGAUACACACUUAGCUACAGACAGAGGUGGCACAGGAAAGGCGAGGAGGAGCUCUGGGGGAAGCUACUGGCAGGUGUGUGGCUGCCAGCCUGGCCUGAGUGGGGGUCUGCCCUGGGGGCCUGCUGGCAGCCGUGCCCGUGUGAUGGAGCCGUGGCGCUCGGCAGCAGGCACUGUCCUGGCCAGGAGAAGCCUCAGUUGUGUCCACAGGAGUAUAAAUAUAUUUUCUUUUUUCUUUUCUUUGUCAAUCAUUUAACUGCUCUCCAGAACGAUUCCUCCUCCCUCCUCUCCCUCCUGCUCCUUUCCGCACGGAGGGCUCGUGUGGCUCCGCUCGCAUCCGCUCUGGCGUGUUUCUCCAAACGCCUUUCCCUCUCUUCCCCUUCUUUUCUCACUUGCAAAUGUUAAAGAAAAAAAAACAACAAAAAAGUGCUUUUGAUUUUUAAAAAUGUUAGUAUCCCAACAUAGCCUUACUGGUCAAAUUGACCAAAGAGAAAGUGUGAAAUAUUUUGUAAAAAAGAAAAUUUAAAAGAAAAAAAAAGAUCUUUGGCGUAAGUUUAAACCCAACAUAAGCUCAGUUUAUUUAUUCAGUUUUAUACUAUAUAGAAACUAAACUACAUGGAGGGGACAGGGAAGGAAAACCAUCGUGGGUUGUGGUGUUUACAGUCUUUUUGAAGUCCCGUAGCUGAGACGACGGUUGUUAUCCAUCUUCCCUUUUGCUGUUACAGUUUCUAACGUGUACUGUAUGUUAUUAAUAUUGCACAAAUUGUGGAGAGAUGUAUGGUUUAUUUUUCACAGCAGAAUCUCACAAGACUCGCUUCCUUUCCGAGUGUUACAACUGAAAUAUUUACCAAACAGUUUUCAUGAUCCCGGGAGCCGGCUGCUUUUUAUGAAUUUGUGCUGACUGUUGACAUUAUUGACUGUAUAAAUAAUUUAUCAUUUGUACUAUUGUAUCAUAAUGUCUGUAUCUUUGUGUCAGUCUUGGUUUGUUCUUUUUUUUUUCCCAAGCGAUGUCACGAGUGUGAUAUUUAAUAAUGCCAUCAGAACAGUGGAAAGACAAAAGGGGUUUGUAGGUGACUGGUCAGAAUUAAAAUUGUAUUGCUUAUA